AAUUGGCAGCCAAAUUGAAACAGCAGGCAACAGUCUCGUUUGGACUCGCUCGCCCCAAGUACGACGACGCGCCUGACAUCGUCAAGUGCCCGCAGAAAUAUUGUAUAUAUAUAUAGCUACGCCUCUAUUUGAGUAAUAAAUAAGCAGCUGUUUGCAUUAACGAGCGUUUUGGAGCUAAAAAAUGAGAUUGGUUAUAUUGGAAACGAGCCAAUCGGUUGGCAAGUGGGCAGCCAAGUAUGUGAUGAAGCGCAUCAAUGACUUCCAGCCGGGUCCCAACAGAUACUUUGUGCUUGGUCUGCCCACUGGAUCCACUCCGCUGGGCAUGUACAAGGAGCUCAUCGAGUUCCACAAGCAGGGAAAGGUCUCCUUUAAGUAUGUGAAGACCUUCAAUAUGGACGAGUAUGUGGGUCUACCCAGAGAUCACCAGGAGAGCUAUCACUUCUUUAUGUGGCACAACUUCUUCAAGCACAUCGACAUCGAGCCACAAAAUGUUCACAUAUUGAAUGGUAAUGCCCCAGAUCUGGUGGCCGAGUGCGACAAGUUCGAGGAGCAGAUCAGGGAAGCCGGCGGCGUGGAGCUGUUUAUUGGCGGCAUUGGUCCCGAUGGUCAUAUCGCCUUCAAUGAGCCCGGAUCGUCGCUGGUCUCCCGGACGCGUGUGAAGACCUUGGCGCAGGAUACGCUGGAGGCGAAUGCCCGCUUCUUCGACAAUGACAUGAGCAAGGUACCCAAGCAGGCACUCACCGUUGGCGUUGGCACUGUGAUGGACUCCAAGGAGGUGAUGAUUCUCAUAACGGGCGCCCACAAGGCCUUUGCUCUUUACAAGGCCAUCGAGGAGGGCGUCAACCAUAUGUGGACGGUCAGCGCCUUCCAGCAGCAUGCCAACACUCUGAUGAUCUGCGACGAGGAUGCCACGCUGGAGCUGCGUGUUAAGACUGUCAAGUACUUCAAGGGCAUUCUGCGCGAUAUAGACGAAGGCGCCGCUCUGCAGGAUGCUUACAAAAAUUGAGAUAUGAAGCCUAAUGGACGUGCAUUCCAAGUUAAUAGAGCAACAGAUGACGACGUAACAAAUCCUUUCAAGAAAGAACCUUAUGUGGAUAGCAUCUCCAACAGAGAUCACAUUUUUUUUAUCAACCCGCUUAGAAAUUUAGUAUUAAAGUCAAAUUUUUAAAACAA